GCCCAUCCAUGGCGACGGAUCGCACACCUUUCUCAUUCUCCCUCCUCUCCGCCGCAGCAGAUGAGGCGCAGGCGGCUGAUGAUUUCUCCACCGCCUCCUUCCUUGUUGCUCUACCGGAGGAGGAGGCGAGGGAAGGUGACGCCGUAGACGACGACUCCGAGUUUGUUUUCGCUGUGACGGACUCUGACGCCUUCUCUUCCGCGAGCGCCGACGAGAUCUUCUUCGAAGGUCGAAUCCUCCCCGUCUACCCGUUAUUCAAUCGCGAUCUCCUUCCCGAUCCGCCCGCCGAGGAGGAAACGGAAGCGGCGGCGGCGGAGGCGGAUGUGGCGGAGCAGAUUCCGCUCCGGCAGAUUUUGCUUGACGAUCCGUCUCCGUCGCUUCCUUCUUCGUCCGAGGUGCCGGAGGCCGCCGGGGAGUUCUGCGCUUGGACGCCGAACCGCUGCAGGAAGAGCGCCUCCACCGGGACGUCUCGCCGGUGGCGGCUCAGGGACUUGAUGGUCGGACGGAGCCAUAGCGACGGCAAGGAGAAGUUCGUCUUCCUCGAGGCGGCACCACCUGCGCCGUCGCUUCCGGCCAAGGAGAAGAAGGCGAGCACCGGAACUAGCGCGGGCAAGGCCGACCAAGUGAAGGGGGCGAAGAAGGCGGUGAGAGUGGCGGAGAUGGAUAUGGUCACCGCCCACCGACUCUUCUACUCGAAGGGGAGUGGAAGCGAGCAGGCGGUGAAGGGACCGCGGCGGUCAUUCUUACCGUACCGGCAGGAACUCUACGGGUUGUUCGCUCCAAUCAACACCCUCCAACGCCCGCGCCCUCCAUUUUAAUUUUUUUUUAAAAAAAUGAAAAAAAAAAUAUAUAUUUCUUUUUUCCUUACUGUCUACGCUCUGCCCUCAAAGGGAAGACAUUACGCACGAUGGCAAUGGCGAUUGCUGAUGGCGAUUGAACCUGUAAAUUUUGUAUCUCUUAAUAUUAUAUAAAACUAAUAUUGUAAUUGCUUGC